AACGCGGGCUCGUCACAACACAAAAGCUCGACGCAUCUCAAACAUUGCAGAACAUACCGGCUGUACUGCUCACAUCAACGCCCAAUAUGAAGCUUCUCCUUGUCUGCGUUCUCUUCGCCUGCUCGGCAGCGUUCGCAUCGGCUCUUCAAUCGGCCAUAUGUUUUGCCUCCGAGGACCAGAUCAAGGAACAGAUGGCUUGCAUGAGAGACCAGGCCGGAUUGUUUAAUGACCGCCUGGACCUCGCUGUCAACGACCUUGGCUGCGCGGACGACGUAUGCGCCAUUAAGAAGUUGUGUACAUUUGUGAACACGGACCAUGCCCUCACCGCACUCUUUACGCGACCGGAAAGGAUACUUUUCCGGAGCCUGUCGCUUCGCUGCUCUGCUGCGGCCGCACUCGCGGGGUCUCCCGCCGCAGCUCUACCAGUUCCAGCGCCGUUGCCGGUAGCGCCACUGCCGGCCGCAGCAGUCCCGGUCGCGGCCCCUGCCCCAGCAUUCCUCGCUCCCAGGCCCUUUCUCUGGGGUUCAAGGGGUUUCGGAGCUAGGGCAUUUGGUGCAAGGCCGUUCGGCGCAAGGGCCUUCCGCCUCGGAGCGUUCGGCCCUGGAGCUUACGGCUUCUGGUAACGAGUUCAACCAACGCGAAGGCUCGAAAACUUCGCAACCGCCUCAUCAUGGAAGUUGACAAGCUUUCUGAAGAGCAGUACUCAACGAGAUACUGUACGAAGAUCAGAAUAAAUAUUCUUACUGUACAA